UACUGCAGCAGUCAUACAGACAACUGGAUGGUCCAAAAGUUGGCCUACCUAUUACUGGCUGAGGUUUUAGUAAGUAAGUAAAUUCUGUAUAGCAGCUUUAAUAUAGGGAGGACACAACUUCCUGAUUGUGAAACAGUGACGGCUGUUUCCAGCAGACUGCAGACCGACUACAGCAGUUCUUCCUCCUGUUAUCACCUCUGAUCCUCUCUGCUGUAACUCAGCUCUCACUGAGUCGCCUUCACUCUGACUCAACUCUCCUUCUUCAACCUGGAAAGAAAAUUUAGCAGCAACAAUCUCAGGUGUGUCCUUGAACCACACACCGACACGUCAUGUUUCAGAAGACACGCGAGAGCCUCACACAGAAGAAAUACACAACAGUGAUGACACACCGACCUCUGCCAGAAAUUCCUCUGUUAUGUCUCCCGCUGAGGGACAGUGCAGCUGAAACAUCUGACACAUGUGAUGCUGAAUCUCCAAACAGCAGCAGCUAUGACCAAAGACCUCCUGACAAUGACGAGCGUCACUGCAGCCACAGCUAUGAAGUGAUGCCACAUCACAAUGAUCUGCAGCUGCUGAACAGCAGCGAUGAUCUGCAGCCACCAGACAUGUCUGAGAUCAGGGUGGUUCUGCUGGGGAACAGCCAGUCUGAGAGGGCAGCUGUGGUGAACUUCAUACUGGAGGUUCCUGUGUUUAGCCCUGAGGAAGAGCCAGACUAUCAGCCAGUCAGAGGACUUCUGAGGGACAAAGAAAUCACCCUAAUCAACACUCCAAAUCUGCUGCUUCCAAACAUCUCUGAAGACGAUCUGAGAGAUCAUGUAGAAAACUGUGUGAGGCUCACAGCUCCUGGACCUCAUGUGUUCCUGCUGGUCCUGCAGCCUGAAACCUUCACAGAGGAUCACAAACAGAGACUCUGCAAAGUCCUGAAACUCUUCGGAAAACGAGUGUUUGAUCAUUCGCUGGUUCUGCUGGCAGCAUCCAAAAACAGGGGCUCGAGUUUCAUGGAAGAGCUCGGGCUCCAUCGUCCCUUAAAAGAUUUGAUCAAAAUGUGCAGUUACAGAUAUUUGUGGAGGGAAAACCUCGAACCUCAAGAGCUCUUCACACGCCUGGUCCAGAUUUUUAAGGAGAACAAUGGAGAGCGUGUGAGAUAUAAAGCACAUAGCUAGGAAACGUUUACUGAAGUGUCCGGUCUCAAAAUGCAGAGAACAACCUGCACUGUGUAACCCACAGAGGACUGCAUGCCUUUUAAAACCAGAGUAAAGACCAAAGGUUUGUUUGGUGAGUUUCAACCAACAGCAAGGGGUAAAAGUAGCUUUUUGUUUUUUUAAAGGCACCAAAAUAGAUAUAGAUGUAUAAGAAUUCUUGGUUAUCUGGAUGUGUGUGUUUGUUGCCCUUUAGUCUGUUUGUGCGGGUGUUAUUGGUUCGGUAUCUCUUCCCUGAAGCGCGUGUUGUCUCUGUUUCUGUUUGAGGCGUCAGCACACACAGUGACUCACUGACAGGACGCUCGCUAUUGUGCUUCACCGGGAGCAGAGAGCACAGUCGGGACAGUUUCAGCUUCCUCAGGAAGAACAGUCGCUGCUGUGCUUUCCUACCAGCUGUGAUAUGUUCACUGACCAUGUGAGAUUGUUGGUAAUGUGAACACCCAGAUGUUUGAUGUUCUUCAUAUUCUCCACCUCUUCACCAUUUAUGGGAAGUGAGGAUUUUAUCAUCACUGGUGAUCAGUCGAACCAUAGUAGUGUCAUCAGCAAACUUCACUGUAUCCCAAAUCCCUGCAGGGCUGUCCUCAGGACCAGGGUUCACGAGGUUUUGGUGCCGGUUCUGAGGUGUGAUGGUCUGUGGGUAGUGGAUAGUCCCAGGGUCCUAAGUUUGUGUCCCAGUUUAUGAGUGAUCAUAGUGAUAAAGACGCAGCUGAAAUGAACAAAAAGCUCAGCUCCUCAGGUGAAUCCAGUCAAAGCUCAUGACGUGACAGCAGCAAAGACAGAUUGGAGCUGUAUUUCUGUUAAAACCAAUGAAGAUAUGUUUAUGAUUUUGUGACUUGAUUGUUUUAUUUACCAUCAUUCAACGUUGGUAUUUUGUGAAUCAUGUCAAAAUCAGUUCUUGUGAAGGCAGAUGCAAAUUGACAACCAAUAAAAAAAUCAUGGUGAUAAGUCGACACAGUGAUAAAUAUCUGAUAACGUAUUAGGACAUGUCAGUUACAAAUGUCAUCUCAAAAUUCUCUUCUAUCACAAGGAAAUAUAGAUGUUGUCCGAAGUUGAAUUCUUGUGUGCAAGCUUCACAUCAACAGAGGUGUGAAAAAUACAAGAAACAUAAGAACAAAGCAAAAUAUGAGAAUGGAAUCUGAGAAUUAUAAGAAUAAAUAUAUUUACAAAUAUAAGAAUGUAUGCAUAUUACUGAAUAUGUAUACCAAAUAUGUACAUAUGUAUAGAAUUAAAUAAAAUCUACAGAGGUUGGCAUUUGGAAAUGUGCAAAACAAGUGGCAUUUAUGUACAGUAUGGAGUGCAUAAU